CCCUCACGUGUCCAAGUUCCCGUCCCCAACCCUUCGCCAUUUUUCCCUUCUAGAGAGAGAAACCAAAGCCUUUCACAGAAGAGAACACAAAAAGCUCUCGUUUAUCUCUCGGCUAUUGACUCGGGGCGUGACCUGAGAUCUCAAGCUCCAAACAGAGCCUAACUCUCUCACCAGCAUGUGGCGGAGACUUCUCUCUUCCCAGCUCAAAACCCUAGCCGCCGCCGCCCCCACCCGAUCCGCUUCGUUGCCCACCCGAUCCCUCAUUUCUCCACCGACCUCUCUCUCCAGCCUCCGCUUCUUCAGCGUCGACACCGCGGAGGGUGCCGUGAAGAAGAGGGUUGAAGAUGUAAUGCCGAUUGCGACCGGUCACGAGCGUGAGGAGAUUGAAGCUGAGCUUGAGGGAAGGGGAAUUCUUGAUAUCAACUUUCCAGUUGGUCCCUUCGGCACAAAGGAAACUCCUGCUGUCGUUAAGUCCUACUAUGACAAGAGAAUAGUUGGAUGCCCUGGAGGUGAAGGCGAGGAUGAACAUGAUGUUGUCUGGUUUUGGCUGGAGAAAGGCAAGCCGCAUGAAUGCCCAGUGUGCUCGCAGCAUUUCGUGUUGGAAGUUGUGGGACCUGGAGGGCCUCCGGAUGGACACGGUGAUGAUGAUCAUCAUCACUAAUUGGAGCCUCCAAUUUUCCUGCUGGAAUAAAAAUCGGGGAGAUGACAAGACAAUUUCCAGUACACGUAGCUUUCAGAAUUCAAAAGCUUUCGAGUUUUGUUUGUUUUGGCUGGUCCUUAAUUCUUGUGGCUUUUUGCAUUUGCAAACGUUUGAGAACGAAUGUUUACUGUGGUUAUAUAGACACAGUCUGGUCAUCUGUUGGAACAACGGAACCUGUUAGGAUUUCUAUUAUGAAUUAAUUGCCAAAUAAUUGAUGGUUUGAUUCUUUUCCUUGA